ACUCUGAAAUAUUCGCUCCGCUUCCUCCUCGUCACUUCUGCCUCUUUGCUGUGGAGCGUUUGUGUUUGUGCGGCUGCAGAGCUCAGAUUCGCAGCUAAAAUGCGCACUUUGACUUUAUUUGUGGGUUUAUUCGCUUUGUACUGCGUUCAUGCAAAGAUCUACUUCCGGGAGGAGUUUCUGGACGGAGAUGAAUGGAGAAGUCGCUGGGUGAACUCCAAACACAAAUCUGAUUACGGAGAAUGGAAGCUGACGGCAGGGAACUUCUAUGGAGAUGCAGAAAAGGACAAAGGUCUGCAGACCAGCCAAGACGCUCGCUUCUACGCCGCCUCGGCCCGCUUCGAGCCGUUCAGCAACGAGGGAAAGUCCGUGGUCAUUCAGUUCACAGUGAAGCACGAGCAGAAGAUCGACUGCGGCGGAGGCUACGUGAAGGUCUUCCCCUCUGACCUGGACCAGACCGACAUGCAUGGAGACUCCUCGUACUACAUCAUGUUUGGCCCUGAUAUCUGCGGCUACAGCACCAAGAAGGUCCACGUCAUUUUUAAUUACAAGGGCAAGAAUCACCUCAUCAAGAAAGAGAUCAAAUGCAAGGAUGACGAGUUCACCCACCUGUACACGCUGAUCCUGAAUCCAGACCAGACCUAUGAGGUCAAGAUUGACAAUGAGAAGGUAGAAUCUGGCAGUCUGGAGGAGGACUGGGACUUCCUGCCUCCUAAGAAAAUUAAGGAUCCUGAGGCUAAGAAGCCAGAAGACUGGGACGACCGUCCAAAGAUCGACGAUCCUGAAGACACGAAGCCUGAGGACUGGGAGAAACCAGAAUACAUCCCAGAUCCUGAUGCCAAAAAGCCUGAAGACUGGAUGGAGGACAUGGAUGGAGAAUGGGAGCCGCCCAUGAUCAACAACCCAGAAUACAAAGGAGAAUGGAAGCCCAAACAGAUCGAUAAUCCAAGCUACAAAGGAGCCUGGGUGCACCCAGAGAUCGAUAACCCCGAACACAGCCCUGACGCAAACAUCUACAAGUUUGACAGCAUCGGGGUUCUGGGUCUGGAUCUCUGGCAGGUGAAAUCAGGGACCAUCUUUGACAACUUCCUCAUCACUGACGACGUGAAGGAAGCAGAAGACAUCGGCAACGAGACGUGGGGCGUGACCAAGGAGCCGGAGAAGAAAAUGAAGCAAGAGCAGGAUGAGUUGAAGAGAAAAGAGGAAGAGGAUGAAAAGAACAAAGACCAAGACACGGAAGAAGAUGAUGAAGAAACCGAUGAGGAUGAUGAGGAGUCCAAGGAAGAUGCAGAGGAGGGACCUUCAGAAACAGACGAAGACCUUCAGGCUAAAGAUGAGCUUUGAAGAACAGUUGCAAUAGUGUGUUUGCUGGUGUGUGUGUGUAUGUGUGCGCGCACGUGUGUGUGGGCGUGCGUGUGUGUGGGAGUGUGUCUGUGUGGGCGCGUUUGUGUGUUUCCACCAAACCUGUGCGUGGCGUUCAGGAUGGUCGUGGCUGCUGUGCAUCCCCUUCCUGCGAUAAGGUGCAAACCGAACUUUGGGUUCUAAUCUAGAAACGGGGUCUUGUUAAUCUAGAACUCUUUCGUUUUUUUUUGACAAUCUUAGACUAAUAGAUUUUUCAUCUUCCGACUAGAACAACUAAAGCGUAGGUUGGCUCCGCCUCCUACUAUUUUGGUUUUUAUUCUAUUCCUUUUGACCAAAAAACUGUAAUUGAGUCUGUUUUUGUUUGGAGUCCUGUAUUUCUGGGUCCGGCGCCUCUCUGUCGUCACAAACGUGACGUUUUCUGGUGAUAAAUCCUCGUUCUGGUUCGUUUUGCAGUUGAAAUUCCUGUGUUUACAGAAUAAAAGCAGUUGUUGAAACCGACGGAAGGUUUUCUCUGCUUUGAACAGGACAGAAUGUUCUUGAUGCCAAAGUUUUUAAUAAAGAUUUCAUGCCUGGUGAUUUUUGUUGCAUCAACACGAGUCGUUUCUGAGGGAUUGUGAUGAAGUUUGUCAUCGUCACAGGUACAACUGAAAUAAAAGGUGCUCUCCGA